AUGACUGAUUUAAAUUCUAUAUUUAAAAAUGUAUAUAAACAAAAUUUGAUUGAAACAUAUGUUAGUGGAUCAGCUUCUCAAUACAUAAAUGGUUCAAUCCAAAUUACAAAACCAGAAUACACUUAUGAUCAAGUUGAAAAGAGGUAUGAUUGGUGUUCUAAUAUUGGUAAAACACAAACUGAUUAUCCAUGGAUCAUCUAUACCAUUAAAAACCGCAUUAUCAAUUUGAAAGGUUAUUAUUUGAAAUCUGGAUGUUGUGAUGACGGCAAUACAUGUUGUUGUUAUGAUGAUAACGAGUAUUGUUGCUUCUGUUGUAUGUAUAGUUGGUCUCUUCAAGUAUCAAAUGAUAAUAAAACAUGGAAAACAGUUCAUAAAGUCGAAAAAGACGAAGAAAUGAAGAUUUGCAAAGAGAAAACGUAUCAUUUUAGUGAAACAUAUAGUGCUAAGUAUGUUCGACUUAUUCAAGAUGAAGCAUGUCCACAAGAACGUCUAUGCAUGGCUAUCAACAAACUUGAACUUCUUGGUAAAUUAAGUGAAGGUAACGAAAUCGACACAGACGAAGAAAUAUAUGAUGAUGAGGAUGUCAGUAUCAUUGGACAUGUAUCCAAAAACCAAGUCAAAUAA